AUGCCAGAGCCGCAAAAUGGCGCAGCAUGGAAUGAAGUCAUUCAUUUCGUAAACCGCGACUUUGUCGAUCCGUCAAACUUUCUUCAGAAGCUGGAUGCGGUGGAAAAAACAUUACAAGAUGAUAGAAAUCAUCUGGAGAAGCAGCUUAAUCUGAUAGAAACUAGAAAUGCGGAUAGAGAGUCGUACACGGAAGAUGUUCUCCAGGAACUGACCACUGAUGCCAGGACACUCAUUUCUGAGAUUGAUGCUGUCUGCGAAGGGACUUCUAGUCAUCUGACAAUUUAUGAAAGAGAAAUUACAGACAUUAAAACGACUGUUACUAACAUUGAAGACAUUGAUAAGUGCAUCAAGUAUUUGGAGUUUAUAAAUCAUCUGGAAGAUGAGAGUUCAUUCAUUCAAUCGUCUAUGCUCAUUGAAAACAUGGACCAAUCAGUGAGAAGGUUUGCAAACUUGGUAAAUUUAUUACAAAAGAUCAAAGACACUAAAUGCAAACAUUUGAAAGAUUAUACUGAAUCCAUUGUUAUAUACUGGUACAACAUGUUCCUAUCCAAAUUUUCAAAGAGAAGUUGUUCAGAAAAAGCUGAGCAAGUAUUUCAGUGUAAAACUAAACACAGCAUCAGCCUACCCAUUCAGUUCUUCUUGCAACCAUUCCAUAAAAGAUUUAAUUUUCAUUUCUAUGGUCACAAAAAAACUAACAGCAUUGAAAAGCCGGAAUGGUACUUCACUCAGUUGAGUAUGUGGUUGAAUGAUCAGAAAGAUUUCGUCACCAGCAAGUUGCAACAUUACUUUGAUGCUGCUGGCUACCAACAUAUUGAUGUCUUGUCCCAGUUUGCCGAAGGGCUGGUCUGCCUAGCUUCAGACAAACUGCAUAAAGACUUGAAUUCACUUUUAAAUGACAAGUCCCUAGCUGAUAAUGACCAGCUGUUUGCACAUCACGUUGAUGAGGCGCUUAAUUUUAACAAUGAAAUGCAGACUCUACUCUCUUAUUCACUAUCUUUUUCUGGAAUCCUUGAAGUUUUGGUUGAAAAGGCAAUAUUUUGUAAAUGGAUUGCCAUUGAGAAAUCAUAUGCUCUUCGAAAGAUGGACGCCAUGAUGGAGAUGACUGAUGCGUGGCUAAUGAUGGUCAAUGGGGAGGUCGACGAUUGCAAGGUUCCACAUUUCGCCGAACUGUUCCUCGUUCUCCUGGUCACUAUUCAUGACAGAUACCAACAUCUACCUGACAUUGAUAGCCAAUUGGAAUUUAGCAAACUUCAGUUGGAUCUCAUUGAUGAUUUUAGGAUUCGUCUGGUUCACUUGAGGAAACAACUAACCUCAGUGACGUCAUCGUCGUCUGCAACUUUCUUCCAACAUCAACAGCAACAUCACGUCAUCGAAAACCCCAAAUACGCGGCCAUCUUGAAUACAGUUACUUAUUUUUGUGAUGUUUUUAAGAGAUGGACCAACGAACCUCUAUUUAUAAAGUUGAAUUUUCAUAAGAAGAAAAUAGAGAAAAGGAUGGACAGAGAAAAAAUGGGAUUGGUUGAGAAAAUGAUUUCAAAGCAGAACGAGACCGACAUAAUGAAUGCUGCCAACAUUGAUGAUAAUGCAGAAGAAGAUGACGACGACGAUGAUGAUGAUGGUGACGGUGGUGUUGGUGAUAAUGACGAGACGAUAUUUGAUGGAAUGAUGGAAUUAUACGAGGGGAUGAAGAGAGAUAUGCUUGCAACUAUUUUGAACUCAAUCGUUGACGAGUUUAAGAAUAACUCAAAACCAUACAUGAGAGACAAGUUUGUGUGUUCGCUUGUUGUACGUGUCUUCUACGUCUUCAUGUGUGGCAUGCUUACACAACAUCGCCUUAUAUACGACCUUGAACUUUUAAGAUGGCUGGCUCUCCCCUCGCAUAAAGAGUUCAUCUCUUUGGCUCUCUCCAAUUCGGCUUGUCACAUGUUCAAAACGUUGAAAGUUCAACUCGACAGCAUGGAAACUCUACUCAAUAAUUCUCUAUUCAAUGUUCUCUGGAGGGACGUUGCUGACUUGCUGGAUAAGUUCAUCUAUGAAAAUAUUAUAUGUGUCAAUCACUUCAAUGAGGGAGGAGCUAUGCAGUUGAAUUUUGACAUGACCCGAAAUCUCUUCCCCCUGUUCUCAAGUUACACAAACAAACCUGAAAAUCAUUUCAAAUGUGUGAAAGAGGCCUGUGCAGUACUAAUACUAACCACUGGGUCGGCUAUGUUGAUCAGGGAUGUGUUGAAAAGGGCACUACAUCCCUGCGAAUCAAAGGUUGAGGUGUCAGACCCCAUUGCAGCACUGCAGGAUGUGGGUGUAUUCAAGCUGGAGCCCGAACAUGUGGAAUAUUUGCUGAGUUUGAGGAUAGAUCUGCCUCAUUAGGACUGUUCAUUAUGUAUUUAAAAUGCCAAUUAUUAAAUCAAUUACAUUCAUCAUCUAAUUAACUUUACGGAUACUCGGUUUAUGAAUCAUUAAUUUGUUAGCUUAUUAUUAUUCACCAUUUUAUUAUUAUCAAGAUUUACAUAGAAAAAUCUUUGAAACUAAUUAUACAAACAAGCACACAUACAUACACACUUAUAGGAAACACGCACAAACAAUACCCACAUACAUUGAAAAAUCAUACAGUUUAUAAUUCCAAGAAUAUCUUUAAGAUUCAAAAUUUUAAUUGCUUCUCUUCAAAACAAACUUUUACUUAGCUGUAUUUAACGUGUGGAUUGGUACAGAUAUGAUGUUAAUGUAUCCAUACAAACACACACACACACACAUAUGUAUGUGUUAGUGGGUAUUGUCUUUGUAUACUUACAUUAGUGUCUUACGUUAUUGUAUAUACUUUAUUUCUUGUUAUCAUCGUGUUGGCUGUUUGUACAUCCGUUUUCCUUUUUAAAAAGUUUAAAAACUCUU